AAACAAAACCAGUCAGCUGAAGACGGAGUGAACAGAGAGAAAUACACAGAGAAAGAAGGGAGAAAGAGAAACCAGUCGAGCUGUAAACAAGCAGCGGUGUCGGGUUCAAAAGCGUACGCUGAGGCGGAGAGGAGCCUCAACAAGCAGUGUCUGUGAUUUUUCACCUUGGCCAAAGACGAGGAACAGAAGGAGCCAGUGGAGACACUUGAGCAGCUUUUGUUUUCCCUCCCUCCCUGUUCUCUCCCUCUCUGCACCCUCCUGCCUCCUCUGAAUGAUUGAAGCCAUGCCCAUCGUGUCUGCAAGCACAGGGCUGCAUGAGACUCUGGCCCUGCUCACCUCGCAGCUCCACCCGGACGCCAACCACAAAGAGGACCUCGUCUUCCUCAAAGAUGUCUUCAGCGAGAAAAGCCUCAGUUACCUCAUGAAGAUUCAUGACAAACUGAAGCAGUAUGAGAAACACAGCCCGACUCCAGUUCUACACAGCGCCACCUGUCUGGCUGAGGAUCUGGCUGAGGAGCUUCAGAACGGGUCGCUGGAGGACGACGAGAGAGAACUGCUUCUCCUGCUGAGCACUCCUCACCUCAAGGCGGUGCUGUCAGCCCACGACACAGUCGCUCAAAAGAACUUUGACCCGGUGCUGCCGCCGCUGCCGGAGGAUCUGGACGACGACCUGGAGGAAGAGUCGGUAAAAAUUGUCCGCCUGGUGAAGAACAAAGAGCCCCUGGGAGCGACCAUCCGGAGAGACGAGGUGACAGGAGCUGUAAUCGUGGCCAGAAUCAUGAGGGGAGGGGCGGCUGACCGCAGUGGUCUGGUGCAUGUCGGGGAUGAACUUCGAGAGGUCAAUGGAAACCUGAUAACCCACAAGAGGCCAGAUGAAAUCAGCCAGAUUCUGUCCCAGUCACAAGGCUCCAUCACACUGAAAAUCAUCCCAGCUGUUGUAGAAGAAGACAAACUGAAGGAGAGCAGGGUCUACCUUCGGGCUUUGUUUGACUACACGCCCUAUGAGGACAAAGCCACGCCGUGCCAAGAGGCGGGGCUUCCUUUUAAGAGGGGGGACAUUCUUCAGGUCGUGAGUCAGGAGGACGCCACCUGGUGGCAGGCCAAGAGGGUGGGCGACUGUAACCUGCGCGCUGCCCUCAUCCCCUCCACACAGUUCCAGGAGAGGCGCCUGAGAUACAGGAUCAAAAUGGGUUCUUUCCCUACGCCUGCGUCCUCCAAAGCUCUUUCAUAUGAUCGUGCUGAGAGAGAAGACUGUGACAGUGAGGGAGCUCUGAAUGGAAAGGACAUAGUUUCUCCCAAGAGUAAGGCGGCCCCUGUCUUCUGUGGCCAUGCUCUCUCAUGGGAUUUUUACUCAGCUGGGCUGCGCAGAAGUUUCCGCCUCAGGAAAGAUCGCCAGGAUUCAGGAGAACCUAAAACUCCAGACGGCAAUCACACAGAGUUCGAGAUUUACGAAGAAGUAACACAAUAUCUGCCCCGCCCUGGUGAAAGACCUCGUCUUAUAGUACUGAUAGGUUCUCUGGGAGCUCGGAUCACUGAGCUCAAACAGAAGGUGAUCGCUGAAAAUCCUCGAUGUUAUGGUCUGGCUGUGCCUCACACCACUCGAGCCAGGAAGUGUAAUGAGAGAGAAGGAGUGGAGUACCACUUCAUCACCAAAGCAACUUUCGAGGCCGACAUCCAGAAUGGCAAAUUUAUUGAAUACGGAGAGUAUAAAGAUAAUCUGUACGGGACCAGUUUGGAGUCUAUUCAUAGGAUUUUGGACCAAAACAAGGUCUGUCUGGUGGAUGUGCAACCAGAGGCACUGAAGACUCUGCGUACAGCUGAAUUCAAACCGUACGUCGUCUUUGUAAAGCCUCGCAUCUAUGACAGUCAAAGGAAACCACUCGGCUCCUCCUCUUCACUCAGCUCAGGGAUCACGGAGGACGACCUACAGGAAAUGAAACAGUCGGCUGAGCGGGUGGACGAGUGCUACGGCCCUUGGGUGGACUAUGUGCUGGUGAAGGAGGACCCAGUCAGUGCCUUAGCUGAGCUCCAGGUUGUCCUGGAGAGGGUGCAGAUGGAGCGUCAGUGGGUGCCUGUGUCCUGGGUGAGGAGCUAGCCUACUUAGCUUGACUGGUUCAACUUGGAUCAGUGGACGACAGCGUGGGGGGACGGAUUAAACUGCAGGGCGCCUUUGCAGGUCCUGAGUGUUGCAGUCAUCCAGUGUUUACUGCCAUAGUAACCCUUUCAGACAUACAGGUUUGUUAUUCGGCAUCAGUUGCUGCUAUUUCAUCGGUCUGAACAUCAAGCAAGCCUUUGUUUAAGAUUCUUCAGUGUAAAUGGCAGUAGAAAAGCAUGUAGGAAGCAGUUUCCUAAAGCAAGCCGUAGUCAAAGCUCUGCACUCAGUAUGAUUGAAUAUGUAUGAUGUCCACUGUUGUAGCAGCUAUGUGAAGUGCCAUAUUGCGCAUUUACAAAAGAUGUUAAAUCUGCAGACCAUCUUCUCAUGUAACUGUCCCCUGACUAAAGUCUGUAUUAAAUGAGAGAAAUGUGUUGAA